CUUAACACCACCAUGGGAGGCGAUUCCGAAGCUGGUCCGGUCCCCGAUGCCUCCAACGGCGUGGCUGCAGCGUUGGCGGCUCAGAGGACGCCGGAGGAGCUCGUAGCCAAGUCCAUCGCUCCGGUGAAGAAACAGUACCUUCGCCCUCCUCCCCUCAGGCCUUGCUCCAAGGAUCAAAACGACGCCGUGCCCGAGGGCAGCGCGAAGUCGUCUACCGUAGUGAAGGAGAAGAAGUCCAAGCGGCAGCUCAAGCGGGAACGCCGCGAGGUACAGAAAUCCCCCCUCGGUAUAUGUCCAGAGGUAGCAAAGAGAGGAGAUGUUACUCGGUGUCCGUAUAAGGAUAAGUGCCGCUACAGCCACGACAUUGAAGCCUAUAAAGCUCAGAAACCUGAGGAUAUAGAGGGUGAAUGUCCUUUUAUGGCUGUCGAUGAGCCGUGUCCUUAUGGUUUGUCAUGUAGGUUUAUGGGCACGCAUAAAGAUGGUGUUGCGGAUGGGGAUGUGAAUGCUCAUAGAAGAAACUCUGAGAUUAAUGGAUUAAGCAAAAAUGUUCAAAAGCUUUUGUGGAAAAAUAAAGUGAAGUUCACCAAGGCAGAUGCCAAACUCAAGGCUCUUGGUCUCAUGGGACAUGCCAAAUCAAAAACAGUUGCCACAUCAAAGGAGAAUGGUUCAGUUUCAAAGGAUUGUGAUGUUACUGAUGGAAAUGGCUGCAGUGAAUUUCCAUGUAACACAGAUGAUAAGUUGGAGGAAACUGCUGAAAUAAAAGAAGACGGAUGUGUUGAUGAAACAUUUCCAUCUGAUGAAAUGGAUUUGUCUGCUGAAGUAAAAGAAGAGGGAGGUGCUAAUGAUACAUUUCCAUCUGAAGAAUCUAGGCCAUCAAAGAAAGCAAGAUCUGUAUUCGAAGAGGAGUUUGUCACUGGUGAAGCAGAUGAUGGAGGUGCGAGUGCUGCAGGAAAAGUUGUUGGGAAAACCUGCCUGCAACCUGAACCAGAAGCUGCAGCUAAUGUUGAAUGCUUAGAAAAUGAUAAAAUUUUAAAGACACACCCACGUGAAAAAAAAAUUAUUGACUUCAGAGAAAAGUUGUACCUUGCACCUCUGACGACAGUUGGAAAUCUUCCAUUUCGAAGGGUUUGCAAAGGUUUGGGGGCAGAUAUUACUUGUGGUGAAAUGGCGAUGUGCACAAAUCUUUUGCAGGGGCAAGCGUCAGAAUGGGCCUUGCUGAGGAGACAUUCAUCCGAGGAUUUGUUUGGAGUUCAGAUAUGCGGAGCAUAUCCAGACACGGUUGCACACACUGUUGAACUUAUAGAACAAGAAUGUACUGUGGACUUCAUUGAUAUCAAUAUGGGGUGUCCAAUAGAUAUUGUUGUGAACAAGGGUGCUGGCUCAGCUCUUCUAACAAAACCAAUGCGAAUGAAAGGCAUUGUGCAAGCAGCUUCUGGUACAGUUGACAUUCCUAUGACUGUCAAGGUCCGCACAGCCUAUUUUGAAGGGAAAAAUCGCAUUGACUCACUUAUUGCUGACAUGGGCAACUGGGGAGCUAGUGCAGUAACAAUACAUGGUAGAUCACGACAGCAACGUUACAGCAAGCUUGCAGAUUGGGAAUAUGUCUACCAGUGUGCUAAAAAAGCCCCUGAUUCAUUGCAAGUCCUUGGAAAUGGAGAUGUAUUUUCGUAUGUAGAUUGGAACAAGCACAAGGUUGAGUGUCCUCAAUUGUCGUCAUGCAUGAUUGCUCGAGGAGCACUAAUCAAGCCUUGGAUUUUUACAGAAAUAAAGGAGCAGAGGCACUGGGACAUUACAUCUGGGGAGCGAUUUAACAUUUUGAAAGAUUAUGUACGCUGUGGCCUUGAACAUUGGGGCUCUGACACGAAAGGUGUUGAGACAACUAGACGUUUCCUGUUAGAAUGGCUCAGCUACACUUGUAGAUACGUGCCUGUUGGUCUUCUAGAUGUCAUCCCACAACGACUGAGCUGGCGCCCACCUACUUAUUUUGGACGUGACGACCUUGAGACACUAAUGGCUUCUGAUUCUGCAGCUGACUGGGUUAGGCUCUCUGAGAUGUUGCUCGGGAAGGUUCCAGAUGGUUUCACGUUUGCACCGAAGCAUAAAUCCAAUGCUUAUGACCGAGCAGAAAACGGCUAAUAUUUGCAGGGUUGGUUUAUCAACGUUUUUGUGGACUAAGCAGACAGGUAUUGUCUAUGCCUCAUUCAACUUUUGGGUACUGUUCGUGGAAGCGGCUGACACAGUACAUUGUUUCCAAACAAUAGCACUCAAGUCUGCUGAUAUUGUUUGAGUACCCCUCAGCUCGACUUAAAUUUAGAGAUGACAAUGUGUCAACCUCCAAUUUUGAUGCUUUUUCGAUUGUUAGGAUAAUAUUCUUGAUAAAGAUCAUUCACAUCAGACAUUGUGUUAUAAACAAGUGGCAUUCAAUUAUUUUUCAAUAGAUUAAAUUUAGUGGUA